AUGAGUUUUCUGAAAAGGAAACGCGUCAAGUUCACAGUCGACUUGCAGGUAUGUGACCUGAGUGACGUGCCGCUAGUAAAUGCCGUGCUUUUCGCAAAAGUGCGUCUCCUUGAUGGAGGAGUGUUCGAAGACCGCACGGAGCGAGUCGAGGUUCACUCAAACUCCGCAACCUGGUCCCGACGCUUCAAUUUUUGCUGCCGUAUUGCCACCGAUCCCCAGACCGGCAUUUUGGAGAAGUGCCCCUGCCGAAUUUCUUUGAGAAAAGAGCAAAAAGGUGGUCGCUCCUUCGCCAAGCUUGGAUAUGUUGACAUCAACCUCAGCGAGUUUGCCGCGUCGGGUGUCGAAGGUGUUUCCCGGUCAUACCUUUUGGAUGGCUAUGGAAUCAACCAACGCCAAGACAACAGCCGGGUGACCGUCAAGGUCACGAUGGUACACCACUCCUCAGAUCCUCUCUUUAAGCUACCCCGAAUUGCCGCAUCCUCAUCCAUCGAAAGUGCUCGACUAAACCCCGUUGACCGAAAGGCCAUGUCAGACGAACCAUCCGAUGGUUCUGGUGAAGGCAAUACCCCCACCGUCGCCUUCCGGAUGCCCGAUGCCAAUGGUGCCGAGUCCGGCUCCGUGGCUGGUGCAUCAGGCCCAGACGACUCUAGCUCCCUCGCCAGUGAACCUCGCGGUUCACAAAUGACAAAAGGAGGCUACAGACGGUUGUCACAAGACCGAACAAGCGCCCCGAGACUCCAAAGUACAAGAAUCGAUGCCGAGGACAUGAUCGAAAAAAUGAUUGCGGAAACGGCGUUAAAUGAGGAGAUGUCCCUUGACGAUGAUGACGGACUGGCCCUGUAUGUCGAUCGUGAUGGCCAAGCAAUCAUCUCGGCACCAAAGGGGUUCCGUUCACGGGAUUACGAACGUGUUCGAUUAUCCGAGAGC